GCUCCAGCUAUGCAAGAGCUGCAGCCGCUCCAAGCUCCAGUUCUUCGUUUGCGUUUACACCCGCUCAACAUCAACAAUUUCAAUUUCUUCAACAACAGCAGCAAGCGCAAGAACAGUUUCAGCAACAACAACAACAACAACAUCAACAGCAACAACAGCAACCGCAACAGCAGUUUCUGUAGCAGCAGCAGACUUCUCUCACUGGUUCUGUCUUUCAAGCACCGAAUAUUUUAAGCAAUACACAGAUCAAGACAAC